AUGGCGAUAUCAGACAGUCUUGAUGGCAUAAAGAUAUCAGACAGUCUUGAUGGCAUAAAGAUAUCAGACAGUCUUGAUGGCAUAAAGAUAUCAGACAGUCUUGUUGGCAUAAAUAUAUCAGACAGUCUUGAUAGCAUAAAGAUAUCAGACAGUCUUGAUGGCAUAAAGAUAUCAGACAGUCUUGAUGGCAUAAAGAUAUCAGACAGUCUUGAUGGCAUAAAGAUAUCAGACAGUCUUGAUGGCAUAAAGAUAUCAGACAGUCUUGAUGGCAUAAAGAUAUCAGACAGUCUUGAUGGCAUAAAAAUAUCAGACAGUCUUGAUGGCAUAAAUAUAUCAGACAGUCUUGAUGGCAUAAAUAUAUCAGACAGUCUUGACAGCAUAAAUAUAUCAGACAGUCUUGAUAGCAUAAAGAUAUCAGACAGUCUUGAUAGCAUAAAGAUAUCAGACAGUCUUGAUGGCAUAAAGAUAUCAGACAGUCUUGAUGGCAUAAAGAUAUCAGACAGUCUUGAUGGCAUAAAGAUAUCAGACAGUCUUGAUGGGGACAUCGAGAGGGUAGAAGCCUUCCAGUGUGGCCAACGGGAGAAGGCUAAGGAUCAUUGUACUGACAGAGACACAGCACGAGCCAAACUACACAAAUGA